ACGUGCUGGGCUCCUGGAAGGCAGCUCAACUAAAAAAGUGAGCGAGACACACACACAGUGAGAGACUCGGCAGGGCUGCUGCACAUUCAAAACAGAGGGAGAGGGAGGGAAGAGAGAGAGAGAGAGAGAGCGAGAGAAAAGGAGAGUCAGGGACAGGCAGUGCUGAAAAGGAGAGCACAAAGAGAAGGAAAGUGGAGCAGGGGAGGGGAACAGGAGGCUGGGUGAAGGGAGAGGGAAAGACAAAAGAAGGAGAGGGGAGACUGAGCAGGGUGAGCGGAGGGGACUGAGCAAAUGGCUACGGAGGAAACGGCGGGGGGAGCCAGGAAAGCCACCAAGAGCAAACUGUUUGAGUUCCUGGUCCAUGGAGUGCGUCCUGGCAUGCCGUCUGGAGCGAGGAUGCCCCACCAGGGAGCGCCCAUGGGCCCCCCCGGCCCACCGUAUGGAGGGAGCCCAGCAGUGCGACCCGGCCUGCCCACCCCGGUGAUGGAGCCCAGUCGUAAGAGGCCUGCCCCCUCCCAGCAGGUCCAGCAGGUCCAGCAACAGCAGCAGCAGCAGCAGCAGUCCGUCCAGAACCGGGCCAGGAAGAAGCCAGUCGGAUUCCCCGGAGCCAAUGAGAUGCCGGCGAGGCAGAUGGACAUGAGAGAGCCCCAAUCAGAUCCCACGCUCGGAUCCAAUGCUAAGAGAAGGAAAAUGGCAGACAAGAUUCUUCCGCAAAGGCAGAUCCGUGAGCUGGUCCCAGAGUCUCAGGCCUACAUGGACCUGCUGGCCUUUGAGCGCAAACUGGACCAGACCAUCAUGCGCAAGCGUGUGGACAUUCAGGAAGCACUGAAGCGACCGAUGAAGCAGCAAAAGCGUAAACUGAGGCUUUACAUAUCCAACACCUUUAACCCGGCCCGGCCCGACGCCGAUGACUCUGACGGCAGCAUUGCAUCAUGGGAGCUGCGAGUGGAGGGGAAGCUGCUGGAUGACCCUGGGAAGCAGAAGAAGAAGUUCUCCUCGUUUUUUAAGAGCCUGGUGAUCGAACUGGACAAAGACCUGUACGGUCCAGACAACCACCUGGUCGAGUGGCACCGCACGGCCACCACCCAGGAAACGGACGGUUUCCAGGUGAAGAGGCCAGGGGACGUGAGUGUGCGCUGCACCCUGCUGCUGAUGCUGGACUACCAGCCUCCCCAGUUCAAACUGGACCCUCGUCUGGCCCGGCUGCUCGGCAUCCACACUCAGACCCGCUCCUGCAUCAUUCAGGCCCUGUGGCAGUACGUCAAGACCAACAAGCUGCAGGACUCCCAUGACAAGGAGUACAUCAACUGUGACAAGUACUUCCAACAGAUUUUUGAUUGUCCUCGUCUGAAGUUCUCUGAGAUCCCUCAACGUCUCACCAACCUCCUCCUGCCCCCUGACCCCAUCGUCAUCAACCACGUCAUCAGCGUGGACCCUAACGACCAGAAGAAGACGGCCUGCUACGACAUCGACGUGGAAGUGGAAGAUCCGCUGAAGAGCCAGAUGAGCAGCUUCCUCCUCUCCACCGCCAACCAGCAGGAAAUCGCCUCACUCGACAACAAGGUGAGAAUCCACGAGACCAUCGAGUCCAUCAACCAGUUGAAGAUCCAGAGGGACUUCAUGCUUAGCUUCUCCAGAGAUCCCAAGGGCUACAUCCAGGACUGGCUCAAAUCCCAGAGCCGAGACUUGAAGCUGAUGACAGACGUGGUGGGGAACCCCGAAGAAGAGAGGAGGGCGGCGUUUUACCACGAGCCCUGGUCCCAGGAAGCCGUCAGCCGCUAUUUCUACUGCAAGAUCCAGCAGAGGAGACAGGAGCUGGAACAGGCCUUAGCUGUGCGCAACACCUAGACCAAGGCCCUCCUGAAUCUCUGCAUCUCAUUUCAGAGCUCUGUGUGUGUGUCUGUGUGUGUGUGUCUGUGUGUGUGUGAGGCCAUCGCUGAAGCCUGCUGAAACCUAAUACCUCUAAAAAAAAAAUGUCACUAACUUUAAAAAACAGCCUUUGUUUUUGUGGAGGAGGAGGAGGAGGAGGAGGAGGAAGAGGAGGAGGUUUCCACAGGGUCAGCAGCGAUGUAAACGUACGGAAGCCGGAGUUUUCUUGUUUUUCUGUGCACGACUGUGAGGACACCCAACGCCUGCGCGCUCGACCCCAAACCAUCGUCAGACUCACUGCCUGAAAACCACACGUUGUUUGGCUCUUUGUAAAUUUGUUACUGACAAACCCCGCCCCCCCUCGCCCCCCGCCUCUCUCCGUUUUAUGACAAGAUCUCAAGCGGCUGCUCGCGACGUCACUGUCCGUCCUCACAGUCUUCUCAUUUUAUGAUUUUUUUACGAUCAUUUUUUUUUUUUUUUUAGGGGAUGUGUGAUUGUGAACGUGUGACUCUGUGUGUGUGUGUUCUUUUUUUCUUCCUGUUUGUUCUCAUGAGGAUAGUGUUUUUGAAACACUGACUACUUACACCAGCAAAGUUGAGGUUGCAGUGUGACACAUGGAGUGGAUGCAGGGAUAUCAGUGCUAUAAAUAAACCUGAGCUGUAGAUUUCAUUCACUCUCAGGUUCUAGUGAGUAAAUCAGUUUGACGACAGUAGUCUUUUUCCUACAACAGUAUUAGUAAACUGUAAGUAUUAUCACGUCAACAGAUCCACGUCUGUUGGAAACAGGUUUUAAUGAAGGGAAAAAAAAACUUAUUAAAAGUAUUGACCAUUAUAACGAGAGCUUUUUCUUCCCUUAAUCGAUGAAAAAUUGACUUCCUUUGUCACUCACUGCCUCUUGUUUGUGAAGUUUGUGCUUUUACCAGUUAUUGUAUUGAAGGUUCUACCAAAGGUUGCAACAAGAUGAAGAGAUCAUGAUCACUGAAACAGAAAUGGGCAAAAAUCCAGAUCUGGGUUUAAUAAUAGAAAAUUGCAAAAAGAAGGAGAAGAAGAAGAAGAAGAAAAAAAGACAGAGAAUUUACUCCCAAAAGUUUUCCUUUGUAGCUAAUUAGGUCUCAAAUUCUCUUAAAGUAUUUCUGCAAUAAACAUUUAAGCCUGUG